UGUAAUGCCACGUUUGGGAAGGGAAGCGACACAUGAGGAGCUUCUUUACGAUGCUCAGUGGACCAAAGAUGUGGACAACAUGUUCAUAGACCUCCUCGCUGAGGCACAUGUUGCUGGGAAUGGAGACAGGCAGGUCAGCACUCAUGUCUUCCUUUACUGCCAUGGUGUAUUGGUUGCAGAUGUCGGUGCAACCUUCAUUAUGAUUGAACUACAGGAACAUUUCGAUUUCCUUCACAAAUGGUUCCUCGUUUUUAGUUGGAUGCUACGAAAACAUGGGUUGCGACACUGUAACCAGUCCAACGUCCUCACGACUCCGGUAGCAGUGUGGAAUGAUAUAUUCGAGUUAGAGCCAUUCUCGGUGGCAUAUCAACAUUCCAGGGACCCAAGUUGGGCAGACAUACAGUACUUGUUCACAGAGGUCUAUGAAGCCACAUCAGAUGCACCGUCUUACGUCUUCUCGCUUUCUUCACUCACCAAUACACCAUUAAAUGGUUCAAGCCAAAAGAUGCCCGAGAGCGUGACGCUUCUUCGGAAGAUUCCAAGGCAUGGUGGUGGGACACCAUUGCGCAUUCCCCGUCCACCACGUAAGCCGGCACCAUUGUCAUGCAAAAGAGCUGGGAGGACUGGUGUUCGACUGAACCCGCUCUCCCUGAGCCUGCCCGAACCCGCUUUCGAGUCGUGGCUCCAUGACUCCGACUACCUCGAGGUCCUCGACCAGUGCACCACCUCUCCGCCG